AUGUCUAUAAAUCAAGAUCCAAGAGAAUAUUUUCAACCACCUCCAAUGCCAGCAAUGCCAGCAAUACCAGCAAUACCAGUAAUACUACCAGUACAAUUCCAACAACCACUAAAUCAGCAACCACUACCACAGCAAUUCCAGCCACCACCACAGCAAUUCCAACAACCGGUACCACCACAGCAAUUCCAACAACCGGUACCACCACAGCAAUUCCAACAACCGGUACCACCACAGCAAUUCCAGCCACCACCGGUACAAUUCCAACAACCGGUACCACAGCCGCUACAAUUCCAACAACCGGUACCACAACAACAACUACCUCAACAACAACUACCACAAGAACAACUACCUCAACAACAACUACCUCAACCGGCACCAUCACCGGCACCAUCACCGGUACCAUCACCACCACCAGCACCGCGAUUGCUGCCACUACCCACCCCACCAUUUCCACUACAACCAGAAGCUGAUCAAAUUCAAGAAGAUGAUUAUGAAACUCGUCUUGAAAGAGCUGAGCAAGCUUUAAAUUCUAGGGAUUUGACAUCAAUUUAUGAAGCAUCUUUUCAAUAUAAAGUCGACAAUUGGGAUUUAAGUGUUAGAUUGGGACCUGACUUAACAAGAAGAUUGAUUCCUGAAGGUGAACGAUUACUUUCGCCUUAUUUAGAAGAUGAAUUAAGUAAUUGGAUAAUAGAUUCAUUUCAGUCCGGUUAUCCACGAAGUAUGAGUAAUAUUAGAGAAUAUGCUGAAUUAUUCUUAUCAUUAUCACAAGCACAAGUGCCAGCACAAGCACAAGGACAGGCACAAGUACAGGGACAAGAACAAGCACAAGCACAAGGAAGAUCAACUAAUUCAGUAGAUUUUCAAUGGGUUGUUAGUUUCCUUAAUAGAAAAUCUGAUUUAAUCCCUUCAAUUAAUAGGAAUAAUAAUAAUGCAUUACAAAGAAAUUUUGGUCCAACAUUCACUCUGAUUGAAAAUUUCGUUCAAUAUUUUAAUGAUAAAUCAAAACAAUAUCAAAUCAAACCAUCAAGGGUUUUCCAAUAUGAUGAAACUAUUUAUAUUACGGGAUCUUCAAUUGCCAAUAUGUCAAUUUUUGGUUAUAAAAAUAAAGCCAAUAUUCCAAAUUGUCAAGGGAUAAAUAUACUUUGUACUUCUAUUGAAUGUACAAGUUCAGAUGGUGAAGUAAUGACUCCAGCAUUCAUUUUCAACAGAAAUGGUUCAUCGGUUGCAGAUAAUAAUUAUUGGAAUCGUGAUGAUUUACCCAAUUGGCUAUAUGCUUCAUCAGUAAAUGGUCUUUCAAAUGGACAGUUUUUUCUUCAAUGGUUGAUUGAUGUUUUCAUUCCUUAUCAACAAGAAAGGAAUCAAAUCAAUCCUCAUGAUGAUAAUGAUGACGACGAUAAUAAUAAUAAUAAUAAUGAAGAAGAAUGUAUACUUUUGAUACAUGAACCUGAAUGGUUUGAAAAUAUAAGAUAUGAUGUGGAACAAAUUUGUUAUGACAAUAAAAUUAUCAUCGUAUCUUUACCACAAUAUUCUAAUCAUAUAAUCCCGGCAUUUAAUCUUGAACCAUUAUCAUUAUCACCAUCACCUUUUCAUUAUUCAAUACCAUUUUAUUCCUCAUUAAGUUCAUCAAAUACAGUUGAUCAUUUACAAUCAACCAAUUUAAAUAACUUUUUACAUAAGAAUAAAAUUAACUAUAACAAUACAAUCAACAAUACCACGACAAUGUUGAGACAACAAAUAUUAUUUGUCAAUAAAUAUUGUCAAUUAAGACCCCAAUAUUUCACUAAAGCCAAUAUCAUUCAUUAUUGGGGAUUAUCAGGAAUUAAACCGUUUGAUGUGAGUAAUUUAUUAGAUUCAUCAGAGUAUGUUCGUGAACAAAUUCGUACAGAAAUGAUUCAAUAUAAUGAAAAGGUAACUAGUGAUGAAUCACGGCAACAACAACAAGAAGAAGAAGAAUUGGAAGAAUUAAUUGAAGGUAAUGAAAUUAAUAAACCUUCAAUAGAAUGGGAUAAAUUCCAAUUACUUGAGUAUAUCAAUAAAUUGGAAAGAUCCCGAAGAGUUGAACGAGCAAGAAGAGUAGCUUGUAUUGCUCUGAUAAUAUACAAAUUGAAAUAUCUUGAUGAACAUAAAAAGAGAUAUGAAACUAUGGGAUCAAGAUUAAAUGCAAUUUGA